AUGAUCAAUACAACCAUACUUCCUUAUGAGGCUAUAUGGUUACCAGACACGUACAUUUAUAACAGUGUGGUUAUGAAUCGUGAGGAGACCGAGCGAUACAUAAAUGUAGUAGUAACGACGAAUUUUUGGAAAGGAGAACGAGGAGCAGAGAUCAAAUUUAUGUACCCUGCUCUUUACCGUACCAGCUGCAUGCUUGAUAUAAGAUAUUUCCCCUAUGACCAGCAAGAAUGCAAGUUGACGAUUUCCUCUUGGACGUCGUCCAAGAGUGACAUCGACUAUACGGCAGAAUACGAUGGUGUGAAUCUGGAUAACUUCAUUCUCAAUGAGGAGUGGGUGGUAGUCAGCUUCAAUAUCAGAAGGAUUGAGGAGAAGUUCGUUUGCUGCCCGGAACCUUGGGUUUUACUCGAGGCUAUACUUGUUGUUCGUCGAAAACCUUUGUAUUAUAUAGUGAAUUUGAUCAUCCCUACAUCGGUUAUUACUAUGGUUGCAGUCACAGGGUUCUUCACAGCGGCAUCUACUAGCUCAGAGCGAUCGUCAGAGGAAGCUGCUCUAAUGCGAAGUGAAACCGCUAGAAGUAAUUGGAAAAGACUUGCGAAGAAAGCUAGCGAAAAACGAAAGAAGGAGGAUAUGAACGGCAACGGAGAUGCUCGUCCCUCUCCGCAGCAGCAAAACUCGUUCCAAAAGGAAGUUGAGCCACCGCCACUAAUGCAUUGUAUAUCUGCUCUCAGCGCCACAGAUAACAAUUUACUUGAUAGUAAACUCAAAAGAAGGUACGCCUUGGAGUGGGAAUAUCUCGCAACUGUGCUUGACAGAUUGCUGCUGAUAGUUUUUGCAUUAGUAGUUUUCUUAGUUACAUUUCUGAUGAUUAUGGUUGGUGAAGCGAUGCAUCUCUCAUAUCAGCUUACCUCUGAACCUUCUCUUUCUAUCACACCCUAA